AUGACUGUUCCUGUCUACUACGUCGGUGUUGACGUUGGUACUGGAUCUGCCCGUGCUGCCCUUGUGGACCAAAAAGGUGCUAUUCUUGGUCUUGCCGAAAAACCAAUCUCCUUGGGAGAACUAAAAGAGAAUUACAUCACUCAAUCUUCUACUGAGAUUUGGGAUGCCAUUUGCUACUGUGUCAAAGCUACCAUUGCCGAGUCCAAAGUUGAUCCUUCAUCUAUUUUGGGUAUUGGUAUUGAUGCAACCUGUUCUCUUGUGUCUAUUAAGGAGUCUGACGAUUCGCCUAUGGGUGUUGGUCCGGACUUUACAGAUAAUUUACAGAAUAUUAUCUUGUGGAUGGACCAUAGAGCUGAAGAAGAAGUUGCGAUGAUCAACCAAACCGGUGAUGUUUCUUUGAAAUAUGUUGGUGGAGGCUUCUCUAUUGAAAUGGAAAUUGUUAAGAUGACCUGGUUGAAAAACCAUAUGCCUAAGGGUGCUGACGGAGAGUCCACCUUUUCUGACUGUAAAUUCUAUGACUUGGGUGACUAUUUGACUCAUAAAGCUACCGGCGAAGAGACCAGAUCGUUCUGUUCCUGUGUCUGUAAGCAAGGUAUGGUUCCUCAGGGAAUUUCUUCGGACAGAAAUGGAUGGUCCAAGGAAUUUCUAUCUAGGAUUGGUGUUCCUGAGUUGGCCGAAGACAACUUUAGAAGAUUGGGUGGUCUUCCUGGUGUUACUGGUAAAUAUACCACUACAGGUGAAACUGUCGGUCCUUUGACAGCUGCUGCUGCCAAGGAGUUGGGUCUUACCACGAAAUGUUACGUUGGUUCCGGUGUCAUCGAUGCAUAUGCCGGUUGGAUUGGUACUGUCGCUUGCAAUACUGAGGUUCCUAUUCCAAGUCUUCAAUUGCAAGACCAGAAUAAGGAAGGUAUUGCUAAGGCCAAUGGACGUCUUGCAGCCAUUGCUGGUACUUCAACCUGUCACAUCUGUUUAGAUGAAAAGGCAAUAUUUGUGCCUGGUGUCUGGGGUCCUUACAGAGAUGUUAUUGGUAAAGGUUUCUGGUGUGCAGAAGGUGGUCAGUCUUGUACUGGUGCUUUAUUGGCUCACGUUUUAACCUCUCAUCCUGCUUAUAAUAAGUUGGUUGAGGCCGCCAAAAAUGCCGGUGUCUCCAAAUUUGACUACUUGAACCGGAGAUUGCAGGAGUUGAAAGGAGCAAGAGGAGAAAGAUCCAUUAUCUCUUUGGGAAAGAACUUGUUCUUUUACGGAGAUUUCCAUGGCAACAGAUCGCCAAUUGCCGAUCCUCACAUGAAGGCUUCUAUUAUUGGUCAAUCCAUGGAUGUUUCUUUGGACUCUUUGGCCAUUGAAUAUCUUGGUGCAUGUGAAUUUAUUGCUCAGCAGACUAGACAGAUUGUCGAGAGAAUGGAAGAAUCUGGCUACAAGAUUCAGGCUAUUUACAUGAGUGGAGGUCAAUGCCGUAAUGAAUUAUUGAUGCGUUUGCUUGCAGACUGUACCAAUAUGCCUAUUGUUACACCAAAGUAUAUCGAUGCUUCCGUUGUGUUCGGUGCCGCCAUGCUUGGUGCCGUUGCUGCUGAGGAUGCCUUGAUCGACCAGGGUGAGAGAAAAAAGACCUCUGAAAGUGUCAGUGAUAGGCUUUGGAGAAUUAUGUGUGAGCUAUCGGCUAGCGGUAAAGUGGUCUUCCCUAGAAGUGAUUCUGAACCUGAUAGAAAAUUGUUGAGUGUCAAGUACAAAAUCUUCCUCGACCAGAUUAGAACCCAACAGGAAUACCGUAAGAUGGUGGCCAAUACUGAGGAUGCUAUUUCCAACUACUUGAAGAUUUAA